CACACCAACCCAAAAAUCAAAACGAAAAAGCUCGCAUCUCUCGUAGAGCGGAAAGGGCCAAAUUACAGAGUUAAAAAAAAAUGGCAAUGGCUAUGGCUCUUCGUAAACUCUCUUGUGCUUCCUCCAUUAAGCUUCUUCGUCCUCUUUCCAAUGGCUCUUCCCUCUAUUACAUGUCAUCUUUCCCUAAUCAAGCAAUUCGUGAAAGGGAGGAUCCGCGUGUUACGUGGAUAAAGCAGCUGAAUGCGCCACUUGAGGAUAUCGAUCCAGAGAUCGCCGACAUCAUUGAGCAUGAGAAAGCUAGACAAUGGAAGGGUCUUGAGCUUAUCCCUUCAGAGAAUUUUACAUCAUUGUCUGUGAUGCAAGCAGUUGGAUCAGUAAUGACCAACAAAUACAGUGAAGGGUAUCCUGGUGCUAGAUACUAUGGAGGAAAUGAGUACAUUGACAUGGCAGAGAGAUUGUGUCAAAAACGUGCAUUAGAAGUUUUUAACUUGGAUCCCACCAGAUGGGGAGUCAACGUUCAGUCGUUGUCUGGAUCCCCUUCAAACUUUCAAGUGUACACUGCUUUAUUAAAGCCUCAUGAGAGAAUUAUGGCACUCGAUCUUCCUCAUGGGGGACAUCUGUCACAUGGUUAUCAGACUGACACAAAGAAAAUUUCUGCUGUGUCUAUCUUUUUCGAGACCAUGCCAUACAGAUUGGAUGAGAGCACAGGUUAUAUUGAUUAUGAUCAGCUGGAGAAAAGUGCAGUGCUCUUUCGACCAAAGUUAAUUGUUGCUGGUGCAAGUGCUUAUGCUCGCUUAUAUGAUUAUGCACGUAUCCGCAAGGUAUGUGACAAGCAAAAAGCUGUUCUCUUGGCGGACAUGGCACAUAUCAGUGGCUUGGUUGCUGCUGGAGUCAUUCCUUCUCCUUUUGAGUAUGCAGAUGUUGUUACUACCACAACUCACAAGUCACUUCGUGGUCCACGUGGGGCAAUGAUCUUUUUCAGAAAAGGGCUGAAGGAGAUAAACAAACAAGGAAAAGAAGUGAUGUAUGACUAUGAAGAUAAAAUCAACCAAGCCGUUUUUCCCGGACUUCAAGGAGGUCCCCACAAUCACACAAUUUCUGGCUUAGCCGUUGCUCUGAAACAAGUCAUGACACCGGAAUACAAGGCAUACCAAGAGCAAGUUCUUAGCAAUUGCUCCAAGUUUGCUGAGAGUUUGCUGGCGAACGGAUAUGAUCUUGUGUCUGGUGGAACUGAGAAUCAUCUGGUUUUAGUAAACUUAAGAAAUAAGGGUAUUGAUGGCUCUAGGGUUGAGAAGGUUUUAGAGUCUGUGCAUAUUGCAGCCAAUAAAAACACUGUGCCCGGUGAUGUAUCCGCCAUGGUGCCUGGUGGCAUUCGCAUGGGAACCCCAGCUCUGACUUCUAGAGGAUUUAUUGAGGAGGAUUUUGUGAAAGUGGCUGAAUUUUUUGAUGCUGCUGUGAAGUUGGCCCUUAAGGUCAAGGCUGAGACCCAAGGAACAAAGUUGAAGGACUUUGUGGCGACUUUGAGUUCAGACUCCAAAAUUCAAUCUGAGAUUGCCAGGCUAAGGCAGGACGUUGAGGACUAUGCAAAACAAUUUCCUACUAUUGGUUUCGAGAAAGAAACAAUGAAAUACAAGGAUGGAGCUGGGAUCUAGUAUUGAGAUUGAGUCGGAAGGCAUUUUUCUCCAAUGAAGUUAGAACUUUGUCUUUAGAAGUCUUCUGGAAGUCAACUGCAGACGAGGAAAAGAGUUACACGGAUCACAUUUGUAUAAUUUUCUAAAUCAAAGUCAUGAUCAGAUGUAAUUUUCAAGCUGUAAAACAACUGUUCCAAAAUUCAAUUUGUCUCAUUCUUGGUUUAGUGAAGGACGAGAAAGCUAAGAUGGUUUAGAGAAAGCCCUUUUUGGAACACUCGCAAAUGCAUCGAGGAAUAAGAUGGUGAAAUGUUGUAAAAAUA